AUGGCGGCAACUUAUACGGCGGCUGUCAUUGUGAGCACGGCCAAGCCGUGCGACCCGAUCCAGUACUGGGAGUCAAAGGUAGUGGCCCCUGAACCGGGAGGUGUUCGAUUGAGAGUCAUUUAUGCCGGUGUGUGUGGUACCGACAAACAUUUCUGGGAGGGAGCAAUGACGUUUCCCAUUCCAUACGUGCUGGGCCAUGAGGGCGUGGGUCGCAUCGAGGCGUUGGGAGAGGGCGUCACCAAAGAUCAUGCUGGCAAGCCAGUCGCGGUUGGCGAUGUUGUAUACUGGAAUCCGAUCGCACCAUGCCACGCGUGCUACCAUUGCACAAUUACUAAAGACUUUACUUCAUGCGCCAAUAGCACUUUUCUCUCGCCAGCAACAGAACCGACAUUUGCAUCGUAUACUGAAGUGGCGAACCUGAAGCGAUUCAACGCAUUUUACAAGUUGGCGCCGUCCACUCCAGUUGAAGCAGUCAUUUCACUUGGAUGUGCGCUCCCGACCAUUCUUCAGGCUCUGGAUAACCUUGGAGGCAUCGACUUUGGCUCAGAUGUGGUUGUUCAAGGAUCCGGCGUGCUGGGCCUAGCCUCCAUCAUGAUGGCAGUUCUGGCGGGUGCUAAGACAAUUACGGUCUUGGAUGUAGUCCAGAGCAGACUGGACAUGGCAAUGAAAUUUGGUGCCACUAAGACUAUCAAUGUCAAGGACUUUCCAUCAUCGCGGGACCGGCUCCAGACCAUCCAGGAGUCUUCAAGCUGCCCAGAUGGCGUUGACCUCGUUAUGGAAUGCUCCGGCAGAGUCGAGAGUUUCGCGGAAGGCAUCAAGAUGCUGCGUACUAAUGGUAAAUACCUGGUGAUCGGGACUUUUGCUGGUGAAGGGCAAGCUUUAGUCGAUCCGUUCGAACUCGUCCGAAAGUCUCUCAGAAUCAUCGGCACAAAAUUUGCGGCGCCCCAUCACUACUACAGAGCCGUGCAGCUUGCGGACACGUAUCACGAGCGCUUUCCUUUAGCAGAGUGUGUAAGCGCGAAGGUGCCUCUGCGGAACACCGAGAAGGCUUUUGAACUGAUUGCAUCCGGAACUGUUGUUAAGGUGGUCAUUGACCUUGAAAAUAGCGCUUAG